CAACCCUAUACAAUAUAUAAAUAUAUCAAUCGCGGCUUUCACUUCCAAGCGGUACAGAACCAGGUACUAGCGGAAGCGACCUGAUGGCGACCCUUAUGGUGGAAAAUCUCCAGUCUAGCGACACAGAAGAAGAUGUCCGAAAGGUGUUCGGUAAGUUUGGAAAGUUGCUGGAAGUAAGGAUGGAGCAAACCCGGGCGUUGGUGACUUUUGAAGACCUCGACUUCGCCAAGGACGCCGUGCGCGGCGCCGAUGGUCAUAAUGGAACGAGAGCAGCUUCAUUCUGUUACGGUUGGAUGGUCAAGCUUCAUUCUGUCGAGAAGCUUCCGAACCUGCAAAUCCACAACAACCAACAUUUUCUGCCGCCUAGAAGGCUCUACACCACUCAAGAGUUGGCAUUUUUUAUUAAGAACCGGCUGCCUGUUCCUCCAAUUCCCGAAGAUGUACCGGAGGUUCCGUAUGUCCUUGAGUCUCUUCGAAAGACAUUGAGUUUUGGAAGUUUUAAUGCCGCUGGCACCGGUGGCACUGUAACUACAGGCAUUGGAGCUGCUAAUCAGGCACCUGAAAGCAGGUUACUUUAAACCUGCAUUCUUUUGCUUGAUGGUUAUGGUGCCAACUGCCAAGCCUUGGAUACAUCCACGAGGGCCAAUGAUGGCUUCUCCAACAUAUCUGCAACGACAGUCCCAGGCUGUGGCUGGACCCCCACCUCAAGGGAAUUGACCCUGCUCGUUUCUUAGGGAUCAUUGAAUAGAUUGUGAGAUCUUUGGCUAAUAAGUUCGAUGUUCUCUUUAUGUGCAUGUGUUUUCUUUCGUCUCAAUAAGAAUGGAAAUUGUCUCCCUAGUUAGUUUUUUUGAUCUUCUUUACAUUAUGAGAAGACUAAUAUAUUGGAUCUUUUACU